AUGCCGCUUCCGGAAGAUUGCUUCGAGAACCUCAUCUUCCAUGCGUUCGGCCGGGAUCCUGGCAUGACGAGGGGUAGCUAUGGCUUCAUCAACAGGCACGACGAUCGCCUGUGGCCAGAGGUGGACGACGUGAUCGAGGACGCAGAAAGAUCGGCGAGAUACUACCACGUGGACGGCGUCGUCCUUCGGUAUCGCUUUCUCUGCGGUGUCACGCGAUGCUUCAAGGAGAGGGGAGGCCUGCAAGCUGAGUUCGAGGGCUCCACGUUGAAGGCAUUGAACCAGGAUGAGGGAGGUGACCAGGGAGGUGGGAUUGGUGACGCCUCCGGUGGUGAGACUGAACCUGCACGUGAUGAAUGCCCGGGCUAA